AUGGCCCCAUGGUCGCAACGUCAUGCUCCACCUCAUCGCCCUCCUGUUCUCCGUCAAACAUCCGCCGACCUGAUCACCCGAGUACACACUCCUUCGCUCACUGCACCACCUGGCCAACUGGGAAGACUGCCCGACUAUGCGAUUUUGGAUAGUCCGCACCUUCAAGCCGACUCGAGCUCUUCCGAAUCCGAUUUUCACCCAAGACGCCCGCGCCGACUGACCCAUUCGCGCUCCAUGAGCCACCCGUUUCCCUCGCUGUUCUCGAGUAAGAAGAAGCGCACCGGCGCUGCCCCUGACACCGACUCAGAGGACGAUGCGCCAGUCAUGACAAAGCCGCCGGGGAAUAGUACACACAAAAGGGGAGGUACCAAUGGUGGCAGCAGGGACUUUGCUACAGGCAACUGCAUGACUUGCGGGUCACUCGUGCGUUGGCCGCGAGAGCUGAAAGUCUUCAAAUGCACCGUCUGUGUAACCAUCAACGAUAUCCAUCCCGAUACGCAAGGCACAAGAGCCAACAGCGGCCCGAAGUGGCUUCAGCGCCCCUCCCAAGACUCACCAUCACCUCAGAAACAACCGACUCCCCCAGCCGAACGAUACGACGCCAGGCCCAUUUCCCUCGAGCAGACUAAAAGACUGAUUAGACAAUGUAUCCACGCACAUCUUUUGAAGGCGCUUAGGAGGUCUUCGAGCUCUGAAGAUGAAUGCUGCGAAAAUGUCGAUAAGCAUGCGUCUUCCAGCAUUUUGAGAGAACAAAAUGGUCGACCAUGCACCGUGAGGACUACGGGUGUGCCACAACACAAGCGAGAGAAAAGCCAGGGCAACGGGUCGACAUACGUCUUUCCCGAGCAGCCAACGCUUCGCCCCGGGACCCUUCGCGUACCCCCAACGACAAGAUCCUUCUCAUCUUCAUAUCCCGAAAGGCCCUCUAUGCGGCAGCUCACGACAGAAGGCAGUGUGCCCCAGCCGACGGACCCCGCAUACUGGGAUGUUGACUAUCCGAAGAGGAUCUUCAAACCGCUAGAAGACUAUAUCACGACCUGCUUCAGCUCAUUUCAUUGCGUGAACUCGUCAUUCUUGUCUCGGCGAUCUGCCAUGCCUGCUCGAUCAGGAAGCGAGUCUACUUCCCGGCGGCCCGCUGUUGCUAAACCUGAGGCGAAGCAUGCAGAGCACUACACCGAAUCCCCCAUCUGUGACCUCGAUCCAAAGCUUUUGCUGCUCGGCGAUUUCGCUGAGAAUGGCACGUGGUGGGCCGGCAACCAAGGACCGGAUAGGGUACGCCCUAAGCGGUCGGCAUCACAACGGACCGAGGAGGUGCCUUCGUUCAUCACGCCGCGCUCACCACAGGUCGAAUGGAACGAUGUUGUAGAGUGGUACAGAUCCGUGAUCAACGCGGCUGAAUCUUGGAUGUCCAUCUAUGAAGAGUUGACUCGAGAAUCGGGGGCCGAGCCCCUUUCGGCCACAGAACUCCGAGCUUUGGAAUCCCAGCUAUUAUUCGGUCAGGACCACGCCCAUAGGACCUUGCUUAAGGCUACCGAGACACUACUCAAGCGACCUGGCCGUCCUAUGACCGACCCGGAAGACCUGAGGUACCUCCUCAUAAUUUUGGACAACCCCUUGCUCCACGGCGAGUCAAAUACUUUCCAGGGGAGGCGGAGCGUCGAUAGACGUCCGUCGCUGGCAAGCGAUGAGGCAUUGAGAGCGGAUAGACCGACCUUAAAAACAGGUCCUGUGUCUGGACAGCACUCCGUCGUCAUCAAGCGAAUUCUAGGCCUGAUCUCCAACUCGUCUAGUUCGUGUCAGAACUAUUUGACCACAUGGUUCGCUCGGUUUUCGGAACAAAGGUUCAUCAAGAUCAAGGACCUCGCGGCAGGAUUCUUGACGUAUAGACUCAUUCGCCAAAACGAAAAGAAGCACGAGGUCAAAGUGGACAUCACGGCUGGGCUGAUUCCGAGCAUGAGUGCUGGGCACUCGACAGCUUCGCUGCAUGCUGCGCUAGGUACACAGCGUGGCACCUCAAAAAAGCAAAGGGAGCAACCGAAGAAGAUGGUGUACAAUGACGACUGGCAGAUCCGGGCGGCUGCGCGGGUCCUUUCUCUAGUGUUUGCGGCAAACAAUAUGACUCACAUUCGACGGCCGGAUCAGACGUCGAGGAACAUGAGCAGCAGCACCCAUAGAGGCGGCAUCCAAGCACAUGGGCAGAUCAUCCCAACAAGUGAUUUUUACAACACUAUGAUCGACUAUACAGAUCUGGUGGCCGAGUUUGAAGCUUGGGAGUCGAAACGGGGCAGGUUCUCAUUCUGCCAGUACCCGUUUCUGCUGAGCAUAUGGGCCAAGUCGCAGAUAUUGGAGCACGACGCGCGUAGGCAACAAAUGACCAAAGCGCGAGACGCCUUCUUUGACAGCAUCAUGACGCGAAGGACUAUCACCCAAUUCCUGGUACUCGACGUUAGGCGGGAGUGCUUGGUAGACGACAGUCUGAAGGCUGUCAGUGAAGUCAUCGGAAGCGGGAGCGAAGACAUCAAGAAGGGGUUACGCAUUGUUUUCAAGGGCGAGGAGGGCCUUGAUGCAGGAGGCCUCAAAAAGGAAUGGUUUCUUCUCCUCGUUCGUGAGGUGUUCAAUCCAGAGCAUGUAGGCAUGUUUAUCUACGAUGAAGACUCCCAGUUCUGCUACUUUAAUCCCAACUCCUUUGAGACAUCUGACCAGUUCUUCCUUGUCGGCGUUGUCCUUGGUUUGGCCAUUUACAACUCCACCAUCUUGGAUGUGGCGUUGCCUCCGUUCGCCUUCCGAAAGCUGCUGGCAUCGGCCCCUACAGCCUGGGCUGGGCCAUCUGCACACCCUCGUCCAACCAUGAACUAUACCCUGGAAGAUCUCGCAGAAUACCGACCGCGACUGGCGGCCGGCCUCAGACAGCUUCUGGAGUACGACGGCAACGUCGAGACGACCUUCCAACUCGACUUCGUCGUUGAUGUUGAAAAGUACGGGACUGUGAUGCAAGUCCCGCUUUGUCCGGGAGGCGAGACAAAACCAGUCACCAACGCAAACAGGGGAGAAUACGUCGGUCUGCACGUUAGAUAUCUCCUCGAAACGGCAGUCGCUCGACAGUUCGAGCCCUUCAAGCGCGGCUUCUACACAGUUUGUGGUGGCAACGCCCUGUCGUUAUUCCGGCCCGAAGAGAUUGAGUUACUUGUUCGAGGGUCUGAUACGGCGCUUGAUGUGGAUGCCCUAAGGGGUGUGGCCGAGUACGACAAUUGGGGAACAAGAAACCCCGACGGCGUGGAACCCGUCGUGGGAUGGUUCUGGGACACCUUCAAGGAUGCUUCCCCAGACAAACAGAGAAAACUGCUCUCCUUUAUCACUGGCACUGAUAGAGUACCGGCCAUAGGCGCAGCUCUCCUCCCGAUCAAAAUCACCUGCUUGGGCGACGACGAGGAUAGAUACCCUAUCGCCCGAACUUGCUUCAACAUGCUCGCAUUGCGGCGUUAUGAGACGAGGGAGAGGCUAGAACGCAUGUUGUGGACCGCAGUACACGAAAGCGAAGGCUUUGGGUUAAAAUAA